AUGGCGACAUUCCCACUGAGCGGUAGAGUCGCCAUUGUUACGGGUGCCUCGAGAGGAAUUGGAGCCGGUAUUGCGGAGGAAUUGGUACAACGAGGAGCUAGAGUGGCCGUGACCUACACUUCAACGUCAUCAGAAGGAAGCAUCGAAGAGUUCAUCACACGGGUCUCACCCUUGACCAAGACGCCAUAUCCUUGUGUGAUCAAGAUCAAGGCUGAUCUACGCGACAUCGGAUCACCGCGGAGGAUAGUUGAGGCGACCAUUGCUGCGUUUGGCCCACGAAUCGACAUUCUCGUCAACAAUGCUGGCAUCAACAAACCAACACCACUCGAUUCCCUGACCGUCGAGGACUUCUCUGAUAUGUUCGACACUAACGUUCGUGCUGCUGUGCUAAUGACUCAGGCAGUUCUACCACAUCUAGCGUCAACGAAUGCCCGCAUCGUCAAUAUUGGCUCCACUGCUGCCAGGGUGGGCGUACCAGGCAUUUCACUUUACACAGCUUCCAAGCUUGCCAUUGAAGCAUUGACUCGCUCGUGGGCGGCCGAGCUGGGUGAUCGCGGUGUUACGGUGAACACCGUGGCGCCUGGCUCAACGCAGUCUGAUCUGCUGGCCGCUUCGGCCGAUGCUGAAGAUGUCCAGGAGGAGGCCCGGAAGACUCCCGUUGAGCGGCGGGUGGGUACUCCACAUGAUAUUGCUCAGGUCGUAGCCUGGUUGGCAGGUGAUGAUAGCAAAUGGGUUUCGGGACAAUGCAUAUGUGCUAGCGGAGGGUAUCGUAUGUACUGA